AUGGUUUCCCAUAUUGCUCUUCUUGUAGUUAUGACAAUUAGGUUCAAGUAUUUCCUAUCUAUAGAACAACCUGUCCAAACAUUCAUAAGUAGAGACAUUAUAUUUAUUUCAGGAAAAUUUGUUAUUGAAGAUUCUGAAUCAUGUUUUACUGUAGCAUAUUUAAGCAUUGUCAAUAAUAACAACCCUGAUCAUGAAUUUGAUAUGACCAGUAUUCCUUUAUGGAUACUAACAAUUAUUGAUAUUAUUAAUAAAGAUAUUGAUUUUGCUUUUACUAGGUUAACUAAAAAAAAUGUUGAUGUAUUUGAUUUUUCUUCAGCUACUAUUGAUAAUAAUCAUAUUGAUUUGGAUCUACUAAUUAUAGAAAUUAAAUCUGAUAAUGACAAUGAGACUUUAGAAGAUGAAGAUGAUGAACAGAAGGAAGAACUUUAA